GGUAAACGUGGGAACAACGCGAGAGCAAUUCGGUUAAUCCAGAAAUCAGUUUGAGGCCUCAGCAACUUCAGCGUUAACCACCAUGGUAGCAUCUCGGGGAGCACGCACUUUUAUGCGCAACUGGUUUGCCAUCGAGGCAAUUCCUAUCUACGCCGUUAUUGGCUUGGCCGUCGGGGGUGCAGGCUGGUAUUUGACCCGCCUCGCUCGUGGUCCUACGGUCGUUUGGACAAAGAGUAACCCCACUCCCUGGAACGACGUCAAACAAGAUGAAAACAUCAAAAUGUUGGAUGUUAACUCGAGGUUCGCAAAGAGCUGGUCGAGAGACAAGCUAUAACUUAAGCUUGCGCUGGAGGAGUGCUAUACCUUUCUUUCAGUCGUGCUCGUUGUCAUAAUACAGUUCAAUUAUAUUCUAGGAAACUGUUUUCCUCCAUCAUGAGUUUCAUGUGACCAUGUCGUGUAUUCCGGGCCGGAUAGUUGCUUUUAGUUUUUGGUCUUGGGAUCAGAUAGUGUUAAAAGACAAC